CCAAAAUUGUCACUCUUUACUCUUUACUCGUGGUAACGGGUAUUUACCCGAUUCCCUAAAUCCGAUCCCAUUCAUUACACUACAACUAUCACCCAACCAUCAUUUCACUGAAAUUGAUAAGAGUUUACGAGAGGAUCAAACAAAAUCAAAAUCAAAGAUCGAGGAAUUAGAAAUACAACAGAUCAACAAACAAAGCGUGCACCGACGUGUAUGAUAGUUGUGUGCUUGUUUAAGGAAAAUGGUGAAGUUGACUAUGAUUGCUCGUGUAACUGAUGGCCUUCCUCUAGCUGAGGGGCUGGAUGAUAGCCGCGAUGUUCCAGAUUCAGAUUUCUACAAACAGCAAGCCAAGUCCUUAUUCAAGAACCUCUCUAUGGGCCAGAAUGAGGCAUCAAGGAUGUCCGUUGAAACUGGACCUUAUAUUUUCCAUUAUAUCAUUGAAGGGCACGUUUGUUAUCUGACUAUGUGUGAUCGCUCUUAUCCAAAGAAACUUGCCUUUCAGUACCUGGAAGACCUUAAGAAUGAGUUUGAGCGUGUCAAUAGGAGUCAAAUCGAAACUGCCGCUAGACCUUAUGCCUUUAUCAAAUUUGAUACAUUCAUACAGAAGACGAAGAAACUGUACCAGGAUACCGGAACUCAGCGCAAUAUUUCGAAGUUGAGUGAUGAACUUUAUGAAGUUCAUCAGAUAAUGACUCGAAAUGUACAAGACGUUCUUGGUGUCGGUGAAAAAUUGGACCAGGUCAGUCAGAUGUCCAGCCGCUUGACAUCAGAAUCCCGCAUAUAUGUUGAUAAGGCGAGAGAUUUAAAUCGUCAGGCUUUGAUUCGGAAAUGGGCUCCUGUUGCUAUUGUCAUUGGAGUUGUUAGUCUCCUCUUCUGGGUUAAAAAUAAGAUCUGGUGAUGCUGCCAGAAGAUGUACAGCUUAGAGGAGAUGUUACUCUCACAUUGGACAGUGCACAACCGACAUAAACACAAUGGUGUUUGCUUUUCUGUGCAUGGGGCAAGUCAAGCAAUUUCAGUUGAAAAUGUAAAACAGAGAAAGUAAACCAUGACGAGCCAUGUCGCUGAUACAUGAGAAAUGAUAUUGAUACGAAUUGCUCGGCAUGUUUUUUCUCAUUACUCAACCACAAACUUGCCCUCCAAUAGGUUAUUGUAACUCUGAAAUGACGACUAGCUAUGCAGUAAAUUACAGUGGAGGCCUCAUAGUGUACUAUUUUGAUUUGUUUAGUAGAAAUGCAUGAUCAUGAUUUCUGAAGAUUAUAAAGAGGUUCUUUCUAUCUCAAUAUUUGACGUUUUGAAGCAUAAGAGAAUUGAAUGGAUUUUGGUGUUUCUGUCAGAAAGACAGAAGAUGAAUUGUUGAAGCAAAGA